AUGGACCCUCUUAGUCCCCUUUCCACUAGAAUUCCCGCUGCUGCCGCUCUUCCUUUGCUUCGAAUCGUCUUUGCCAGUGGGGAGUCUCCACUGCUGUUGCUCCCCCGAUUCCACUCCCCUUCCGCCAACCCGCGUACCUACUCCGCUCAUCCCCUUCCACCCUGCGAUAUUGACCGCUUAGCUGCGCCAUAUGCGCAGCAGCAUGCGCUGGAUUGCGCGCAAGGGAGUCCGUGCUCAGAUUCUGCCUCUGCGGUACCUGCGCUUACCGCGGGGACCGCAUUAGGGAGCACCGGUGUUGUCGCAGCCGCUAGCAGCAGCACGAUCGUUCUUCCCUUCGCCUCGCGCCCUGCAGCAGCAGCGGGGUUGAUCGCGUCGUCAGCUUCCGCAGCUGCUACCGCCGCCGUAAACGCCGCCAACGCCGCCUUCCGGGUUUCCCGCGGCUUCUCCGCUCACGCUCAACCAGCGGUCGCACAGGUCCGGUCGAUGGAAUCUCCGCUUAUGAGCAGCGGAGCGGCCUUUACGGCCGUCAGCAGGGAUGGCAGAGCUAGGCCGGCAUUGGCAGCCGCCCCCGCCGCUUCCGCCUCCGCUAACCGCGGAUCGCCCGCUGCUACCGCUUCCGCCGGCUCCUCAGGGGGAGCGGCGGCGGAGGUUGAGCUGUAUCCAAGUCCGCUGCAACGCAACCCUGCAUACGCGCACGUGGAGACGUUCUUCGUGGAGGAGGAUCAGGUGGUGAGUCGCGAGGUCAUCACGUCCAUCAACAACAUUGGCACCGGAGUCUUCUUCCGCAAAGCCGGCCCCAGAGAAAAGAUCGUGUUCCACCCGGACGAGGUGCGCGCGGCGAUCGUGACCUGCGGCGGGCUGUGUCCGGGCAUCAACACCGUCAUCCGCGAGCUCGUGUGGGGGCUCUGGUUCCAGUACGGCGUUCGCGACAUCCUCGGGAUUGACGGUGGGUACCGCGGGAUCUACUCGCGCAACGUGGUGUCGCUGAACCCCAAGGUGGUGAACGACAUUCACAAGCGCGGCGGCACGUUCCUGGGCACGUCGCGCGGCGGGCACGAGGUGAACAAGAUCGUCAACGCACUCGAGGACCGCGGUAUCAACCAGAUCUAUGUGAUUGGAGGGGAUGGCACGCAAAGAGGCGCCGAGAAAAUCCACGAGGCAGCUCUCCUUCGGCCCUCCUCAACCCCGUCUCGACAUCCUCGCCUUCCCCCUCCCCCUUUUCCCCGCUCUCCCUCCCUCCCCCCCUCCCUCUUUCCCCUCCCUUCCCCUCCUCUCCUCCCCCCCCCCGGCGCCUUCCGUCCACAGGAGAUAGCAGCGCGCGGGCUGAAGGUGACGGUGGCGGGCAUACCGAAGACGAUAGACAACGACCUGGCGCUGAUCGACAAGUCGUUUGGCUUCGACACGGCCGUGGAGGAGGCUCAGCGCGCCAUCAACGCCGCACACGUGGAGGCCAGCUCCGUGCACAAUGGCGUGGGGCUCGUCAAGCUCAUGGGGCGCUUCUGCGGUGAGAGGUCAAAUUGCCAUGCAUGCAACACUUGCCAGCCGAGACGUGGACUGCUGCCUCAUGCCCGAGGUGCCGUUCCACCUGGCUUGCAACCCCCACUGCGCCCCAUCAACCCCCCACUGCUCCCCCACUGCCUCUGCCCCUUUUCCCCACCCCACCGCACCUCACAGGACUGCUGCCUCAUUCCCGAGGUGCCGUUCCACCUGGAGGGCGACGGGGGCCUGUUUGAGUUCCUCAAGCGCCGCCUUUAUCCCCCGCCGCUCCCCCACCGCCUCUGCCCCAACCCCUCCUUUCCCCAACCCUCUGCCCCCACUCACAGGACUGCUGCCUCAUCCCCGAGUGUCCCCGCACCUAACAUCCUCGUGUUCUUUUCCAACAAUGUUUGCUUUCCCCCGUUUGGUUUUGUCUGCUUGGUUGGGUGCAUGGGUGGUUGGAUCGCCCCUCAUCACAUGCAGGCACAUUUUGCCAAGUCUCGCAUAGAGCUCAACCUCAAAUACAUUGACCCCACGUACAUGAUUCGAGCGGUGCCGGCGAAUGCGAGUGACAACAUCUACUGCACGCUGCUGGCACACAGCGCCAUCCACGGCUCCAUGGCGGGCUUCACUGGCUUCACCGUCGGCCCCAUCAACGGCCGCCACGCCUACAUCCCCAUCAAGUGUGUAUCUGAGAAGAGCAACACAGUGUCUCUAACGGACCGCAUGUGGGCACGGCUGCUGUCGUCCACGAGCCAGCCCACGUUCCUGCGAUACGACGACCACCACCUGCACCACCAGCAGCGCCUGCUGCAGGCGCAGCAGGAGCACCGCCAGGCGCUGCGGGAGCGGGAGGGCGAGGAGGAGGGGCGCUUGCUGGGACCGAGUCGGAGGGAUCAGAUCAGCGAAAUGGAUGGAGGCCGGGGCAUGGGCGGGGGUGGGGGGUGGGGGGGGAGAUGA